GGCAGGGUCGGCGACUCGGCUUAAAGAAAUCGAGAGCUGCUGGCGGGGUUCCUUUUCUUCUCUCUUGCAAUUCUCGUUGGGCACACGCGACAGCCAGCGCGGACGUCACGAUGCUCCCUCCUUUUGACUACUUCCAGCAUCGCGCGGCUUGCAACUUCAAGCAGAAGGAGCGCGCCGACCGCAUCGCGAGCCUGGGCAAGGCAUAUCACGGCCCCCUCGAUGCCGCGCAAAAAGACAUCCUGCAAAAGCCGAUCGCCGAGCUGGUCCACGAUGUGCAGAAGAGCGGCGCCCCCUUGGCCACAGAGGUGCUGCAGGCCUACGGCAAGGCGGCAGUCAAGGCGCACGAGAAGACGAACUGCGUCACCGAGGUGAUGAUGAAUGCUGCCGAGGGCUGGAUUGAGCGGGGGGAGAUCAAUCUGAAGGGACCGUUGGCUGGCAUCCCCGUCAGUUUGAAAGACUCGAUCCAUGUUGGCGGCUUUGAUACUAGCGUGGGCUACUCAAGGAAUGUGGGACAGCCGGUCGAGGCGGAUGGCGGGAUUGUGCGUAUACUGAAGGAUGCGGGCGCGGUGCCGUUUGUCAAGACUGCCCUGCCCAUUACGCUGUUGUCGUUCGAGAGCUCGAAUGACUUGUGGGGCGUGUGCAAGAACCCGCACAACACUCGCUACUCGCCCGGCGGCAGCACGGGUGGUGAGGGAGCCAUUCUGGCGUUUGGAGGCAGCAGGAUUGGCAUUGGCUCCGACGUUGCUGGUUCCGUUCGUGCGCCUGCCCACUACUCCGGCUGCUACAGCUUGCGAUGCAGCACGGGUCGCUGGCCCAAGCUGGGCGUCAACACCUCGAUGCCCGGUCAGGAGGGCAUUCCCUCUGUCUUCUCCCCCAUGGCUCGCACUCUCCUGGAUCUGUCCUACUUUACUCGAUCAUUCAUCCAGAUGCAGCCGUGGAAGUACGACCAAGCCGUGCACCCCAUGCCCUGGCGAUCGAACGUGGAAGACGAGUACAAGCACAAAAAGCGUCUCCGCGUGGGCGUUAUGCGCACCGACAACGUCGUCGAUCCCUCGCCAGCCUGCGCUCGCGCGCUCGACAUGGCAGCCAGCGCCAUGGUCGCCCAGGGCCAUGUCGUCUUCGACAUCGACCCCCCGAAUCCCUACGAAGCCCUCGUGAUCGCCAGCAACCUUCUCAACGCCGACGGCACCAAGACCUUUCGCUCCUACUUCCGCACGGGCGAGAGCGACGACGCCGGCGCCGCGCAGUUCGGGCGGUACAUGCGCCUCCCGCGCUUCAUCAAAUUCUUCUACUGGGCGUGGUACAAGUACGUGGUGCGCGACGACAUCUGGGCGGGCUUGUUGGAGCACUGGCAUCCCAAGAGCGCCUUCGAGAACUGGCAGUGGGUGUACAAGCGCGAGGCGUUCAAGGCGCGCUUCCACGAGUGGUGGAACUCGUUUGGCGACAAGGGCGACGGCAUGGACAUCAUCCUCACUCCGCCCAACGCCACGCCUGCCGUGCCUCACGGUGGGAUGUCGAGUGCUGCUGCCGCGUGCGGGUACACCUUCCUGUUCAACUUGGUGGACUACACGGCCGGCAUCCUGCCCGUGACGCACGUCGACCCGAAGAAAGACAAGCUGGAUCCGUCCAUCAACAUCCGCAAGAUGAACCAUGUGGCUUAUGGCGCGUACAAGCACUACGAUGCCGAGAAGAUGUCCGGGCUGCCGGUUGCGGUGCAGGUGGUGGGCAGGAGGUUGGAGGAGGAGAAGGUGCUGGCUUGCAUGGAGGUUUUGGAGAAGGCGUUGCACGAGAAGGGUCAGCAGUACAAGCUGAUGCCGCUGCCUAAGCACUAGAUCUGUGUUCUAUGACAUGGUUGGAGCGAGAGGUGUCUGGGUGUCUAUAGUUGUGUUUCGUUGCGCGCUGACUUCAAGUCAUGCCUACAAAACUGCGCAGUCUCCCUUUGCUCGUGAUCUUCCUGCAAAGAAAAAUGCGACUAUCGGCGUAAACGAAAAUCAUCCCACCCCCUCGAACUCACAUACCGCCCGUCAGCAGCCACAUGCAUGCCGCCAGACGUUCUGGCCAAGCCACGAAAAGCAGCAGCAGCACACGCGAGAUGAACGGAAACGGGGCGGGCGCGAACCCCAGCCAGGGCCGCUGCCCGACCGCCCUCCACCCCCGAGUGGGGUCGCGUGAGGGUUUGCCCUGCAGCAGCUCUAGAUCGGCGGAGGGGCAGGCCAGUUCUGCGUUGCAGCGAUUGCUUUGCCAAGGGUUCACGGUGGUGGCGCGGGGCAGUGCCGCCCAUGAUCGACCGCUGGGCAUGCGUCGUUU